AUGUAUCCAUAUAUUCAAAAGGCGCAAGAUUUGAAUUGGGGUAUCAUAGUGUUCAAUCCUAAUGAAAAUUUUAAUUCCGUAAUAAAAGAUGGAGAAGUCAUUAAACGUGUAUACGUACGAGGCUCAGAAUCACCGCAAAAACAUUGUAUUUACGUAUGGAAUAAUUUUGUCACGUACACUAAAGCGGAAAAGAUUUUGGUCAUGGGCUAUAGCUUUGGUGGAAUUAAUAUCACCUGUUUAUUGGAUGAAUUUGCUGAUGAAUUCAAAUCUCGUGUUGCCGGCGUCGCACUUGCGGACAGCGUACACAGUGUUUCAAUGAUUCCUUCACAUUCUAAAAGGUGGUUCGACAAGAAUGUAAUUAAUUGGAUCAAAUCUGAACUACCUUUGGACAAGAAGGUUCCAAAUGCAAGGACUUAUUAUGGGUGUCCGUGUAUUUCAGCUGGACAUUCCAAGCAUGAAUAUGCUGCUGCCACUGCUAUUCAAUCAAUUUUUGAAUAUUUGCAAUAUGUCUUAGAGAAAAAGUCAUUCAAUCAAGAUGAAGAACCUGAAACUGAUAGAGAAUCCAUGGAAAUAGGUGAAACAGAAAAUACAGGAGAAAUGGAAGGAAUGGAAAAAACAAAUGCAGCUAAAAAAACUGAUGAGACAGAAGAACCUGAAAAAAUGAAUGAAACUGAAAAGAUGGAUGAAAUAGAAAAAACUGAUGAGAUGGGAGAAACUGAAAAAAUGAAUGAAACUGAAAAAAUGGAUGAAAUGGAAAAAUCUGAUGAGACGGGAAAAACUGAUGAGACGGAUGGAAUGGAAAAAUCUGAUGAAACGGAAAAAUCUGGUGAAAUGGAAAAAACUGAUGAAAUGGAAAAAACUGAUGAAACGGAAAAAACUGAUGAAAUGGAAAAAACUGAUGCAAUGGGAAAAACUGAUGAAAUGGAAAAAACUGAUGCAAUGGGAAAAACUGAUGAAAUAGAAAAAACGGAAGAAGCGAAAGAAAUGGGAAAAAGCGAAGAUAAAAAUGAACUGGAAGUAUAA